AAAAUUGACAAGUAACUCAACAUGAAAACCUUUGUGCUUUUACUUGCUGCCUCCUGCGUAGCCGUCGCUGUUGCCAAACCAGGGCAAUACACCACCAAAUAUGACAACGUUGAUUUGGAUGAAAUUUUAAAAAGUGACAGGCUUUUGAAGAACUACACCAACUGUCUUUUGGACAAAGGACACUGCACUCCCGAUGGCUCGGAACUUAAAAAGGUUGUUCCUGACGCUUUACAAACUGGCUGCUCGAAAUGUAACGAAAACCAAAAAAGUGGAACAAGAAAAAUUAUAGACUACCUCAUUAAGAACAAACAGGACGUCUGGAAACAACUUCAAGACAAAUACGACAGUAAAGGAAUCUAUCUUCAAAAGUACCACGACCAACUCUAAGUUAUCCAUAGAUAUUUAUUUAUUAAAAUUAUAAAACAAACUGUAUUGUGAUUUUUUAAAUAUUACAUUAUAUUUAUAAAAUUAAAUAAAAAAAUACUAAUG